GUGAGUUGGAUGUUUCCUAUAUUGGCGGCGACAAGGAUAAACGUAUCUGUAACGUUAUUGACGAGAUUGAGUUGUGUGCCUUCUCUUUUGCAGAUUCGAAGGGAUACGGAGAGGGAAGGUUCAACGGGGUCGACCGUUGGAGGGGUCGCGUCUGUGCGUCAUCGCCGGCAGCUCCACCUCUCUUGGAGGUCCACGUUUUCGCAAGCCAAACAAUAUACACACUCCCCACAUAUCCACCAUGUCGAAACUCGAGAAGACGAUACAGCGGCAGCAGCAAAAGAUUGAAGAAGGCCAAUACUACGAAGCCCACCAACAACUCCGCGUCAUUGCCUCCCGCUACGUCAAACAGUCCAACUGGGCCGCCGCAACCGACAUCCUCUACUCGGGCGCACAAUCUCUCCUCAAAGCCGGACAGGGCGGCUCCGGCGGCGACCUAUGCAUCUUCCUGCUCGAAGUCUUCACCAAAGGGGAGAUCAGGCCGGACGCGGAGAGCAAGGGGAAAUUGCUCAGCUUGCUGCGCGCGUUUCCGAGGAAUGAGCCUACGCGGAAGAAGUUUGUGGGGGGGAUGGUGAGUUGGAGUGGUAGGUUUGGGGAGUAUCCGUCGGGGGAUCCCGAGAUCCAUCAUGUCGCUGGGUCGUUGUUCGCUGAGGACCUCGAGCCCUACGACGCGGAGCGCCACCUCAUCCUCGGCACCAAAUCCAGCGCCGAAACCCUCGCACAGCUCGAAUACGCCUGGUACGAAUCCGACGACUCGCACACCGCUCCCUUGUACGCUGCGCGAGGCGUCCUGCCGUACCUCCUCGCCGGCAACCUGCGUGCGGCAAAUAAGUUCUUCCUGAUAUUCACCUCGCAAUUGAGCUCCAAGGCCGGCAUGUCGGUGCAAGAGGUGUCAACGGCGAGUUCGGACCUGCGUGUGUAUCCGUCGCUGCCGCUGCUGAAUUUUCUGGGCCUGCUGCUGUUGGCGGUGCAGAGGGGGGAGGCGGCGCUGUUCAGGCAGCUCAAGAGCCAUUAUUCGGGGAAUUUGGCAGAGGUGCAGUGGGGGGAUGCGUUGGAUCGGAUUGGGGAGAUGUACUUUGGGAUUCGGGUGCCGAGGCAGGGGAAUCCGAUGAUGGAUAUGUUGGGGAGUAUGUUUAUGGGUGGAGGGCUUGGGGGUGGGCAGAAGCCUGCGACGCCAGGCCUGGAUUAGGAGUGACGUGAAAGGGGUCAAGUGGAGAGGGAUUGUUCGUAACACAGGGGUACUGUGUGCAUUUUAGCAUCAUGGAGCGUAUAUACCAAUUCACGGACAUGCGAUUUUGGGAUGUAUGGCGGAACGCCCGGUCCAAUUCAUGAUAUCUGGGGCUUUUGUCUAUAUGCGUCUUUUUUCCUGU